AUUUGUAUAUAUGUUUUUAUAUGUGUGUAUUUAUUUAUUUAUUUACAUAUUUAUUUGUUAUAUCAGACAUAAGAAGAUAACACUUCUUAUUUCACAUUGCUGUUAAGCUUUGUGAAGCCGUAGAAGACAACUACACAAAACCAGAAGACAUCUGAUUUGUGUCUUUCUUUACUGUCUUGUUCUCAAUGAAUGAAGGCAUCAUUUGAAAACCAGAAUAUCCAAUGUUAACAUUAGGUUAAUGAUCUAAAAUUAACAUACUGUUUGCCAAACAUUCUUUAGUUGCCACUAAUAUUCAGAAAACAUCUGCUGUGUGAAAGAUACAUUGUUAGAUAUCUUUGGGCUAAUGGGUAACUUGUGACUUUUGACUCUCUCAAUAAAAGCAAAUUAAUCAUUGACUAGUUACACAUAGUUGCAUUUUACCAAGUUUGUCAGUUGAACAAAGCAAGUUUUUACUCAGACAGAAGCAGUGAUACAACAAAAAAAGGAUCCGCAUCUACUGGAAACCUCAACAUGGCAGCCAGUACAGCUACAGCCUGGAAUUCCACUGGAAAUACCACAGAUGCUCCCCCAAGCCACAGUCUCAGUGUGGAUGCUGCAGACAUUGCUGUUGUUGUCAUUUACUUUAUUAUAGUCAUGGUGACUGGAAUAUGGAUUGGAGCCUCCCUGAUGUCAAGUAAUGUUGGGAGUGGUUUGUUCAUUGGACUUGCAGGAACAGGAGCAGCUGGAGGCAUUGCUGUGGGAGGAUUUGAAUGGAAUGCAGCAUGGGUUCUGGUGGCUCUUGGUUGGAUCUUUAUCCCUGUCUACAUCUCUGCUGGUGUGCUGACCAUGCCUGAAUACCUGGCCUUCCGUUUUGGAGGCCGUAGGAUCCGCAUAUACAUGUCUGUUUUAUCCCUGAUUCUCUACAUCUUCACAAAAAUAUCAACAGAUAUGUUUUCAGGGGCGCUGUUCAUCCAGGUGUCUCUGGGCUGGAAUCUCUAUCUGUCUACAGCCAUAUUGUUGUUGGUUACAGCUGCUUACACUGUGGCAGGUGGUUUGGCAGCGGUCAUCUACACUGAUGCACUCCAGACUUUGAUCAUGGUUGGUGGAGCCCUUUCAUUGAUGUUUAUGGCUUUCAUUAAGGUGGGCUGGUAUCAGGGCCUUGUGGAUCGCUACAUGUCAAGCAUUCCCACAGUGACGGUUGAAAACACAACUUGCCAUAUUCCUCGUCCUGAUGCGUUCCACAUGUUCAGAGAUCCUGUGUCAGGAGAUUUACCUUGGCCAGGGUUAAUCUUUGGCCUUACUGUGUUGGCUACAUGGGUCUGGUGUACUGAUCAGGUCAUUGUACAGAGGUCACUGUCAGCCAAAUCCUUGUCUCAUGCCAAAGGAGGCAGCGUUUUGGGAGGGUACCUAAAACUGCUGCCCAUGUUCUUCAUUGUGAUGCCUGGCAUGAUAAGCCGAGCACUCUUCCCAGAUGAGGUUGGAUGUGUGGAUCCAGCACUGUGUCAGAGAAUAUGUGGAGCAUCCGUUGGCUGCUCUAAUAUUGCUUACCCCAAACUAGUGGUAGAAUUAAUGCCUACUGGUUUACGUGGUCUGAUGCUGGCUGUAAUUUUGGCUGCCUUGAUGUCAUCUCUGACAUCAAUUUUUAAUAGCAGCUCCACUAUAUUUACUCUGGAUCUCUACCACAAAGCAAGACCAAGAGCUUCAGAGAUGGAACUUAUGAUUGUUGGAAGGAUUUUCGUCCUCAUCUUGAUGUGUGUUAGUCUGUUGUGGAUUCCAGUUGUCCAGACAGCCAACAGUGGACAGCUUUUUGAGUACAUCCAAUCUGUGACCAGCUUUCUAGCCCCACCAAUUACUGCUGUCUUCAUAAUGGCAAUCUUCUGGCCUCGUGCCAAUGAGCAGGUAUGUCUCAGAUAGAUGUUCACAUCAAACAAAUAAUCACAAACAGCACUGAAAUGAUGUUACCUCAGGAAUGUCCAGUCCAGUUCCCAUUUACUGAUGCUUUGCAUGCUUCCAAAGUGAUUCUUUUGUAAAUCCCUUAACUCAACAUGGUACAGUCUAACUCAGUGUCUCCCAACCCUGGUCCUCAAGGCACAC